UGUGUGAUGAAUGUUACAGAGUGUGUACAGAGUGUGUACAGAGUUUGAAGACAUGGUGAAGUUAUUUAUAGGCGUCUCUAAAAGUCUGGUGUGGUCAGCAGAGUCAUGUUGUGUGUAAACAUGAACCAUGCUGAGGUCCGGUGUCCAUGCCGAGGUCCGGUGUCCAUGCUGUCCGGUCCCCUGCUCCGUCUGUCACAGGAGAGAAAAACCCAGUCAUCAUUUUGUGUGUCACAGAAUCGCUGACACAAAUAUUCCACAGUCAUGUCCACGCACUGGUCAGUGGAGCAGAGAGCUCAGGAGCAAACACACUCAGACACACGCAGAUCAUUUCUCCAGCACUGCUACAGCUCAGGAGAUCAGGUGGAGUCUGAAAAGAAGCUCAGUAUCUCCUCCAUGGUGUGGAUGAUCAGAUGAAGAUGAUGAGCUGUAACAGUGUGCUGCAGUCGGAGUGUGUGAUGUGGAGAACUCUUGACAGCCUGCGUCCUGACUCCCUCACACCUGUCCAGGAUGAGGAACAGAUGAUGUCGGCUGUGGGCUCCGGAGACGUGAGGAAAGUCAGGGACAUCCUGACGCGUGAGGAGACUCCCAGGAAUCUCCUGAGGGCGGAUGCAGACGGCUGGACCGCACUACACGAGGCCAGUUAUUACGGCCAGGCCGAGUGCCUGAAGCUGCUGCUCACGGCUGUUCCCGAGAUGAUGGACACUGGAACCCGUAAACACCAGACUCCUCUGAUCCUCGCCGUGUCUCGGGAACAUCUACACUGUGUGGAGGUUCUCUUGGAGAAAGGGGCGGAUCCCGCAAUUCCAACCCUAACCAAUGAGACGCCUUUGUAUGAAGCGUGUGCGAGGCGUAGCGCUCAGAUGGCGCGUCUCCUGCUGAGAUACGGAGCAGACGUUAACCAGCGGUGUCUGGACGGAUGGACGGCUCUACACGAGGCGGUGUCUCAGCAACACCUGGAGCUCUGUGAGGUUUUAGUGGAGCGCGGCGCUGACCUCAGCUCACGCAACAUCUACGGGGUCACGCCGCUCUUCCUCGCCGCUCAGUGCGGAUGCCUGGAGCCGCUCAACUUCCUCAUCUCCCUCGGCGCUGAUGUAAACAGCCGGGCGAGAGACGGAGCCACGCCCCUGUACGAGGCCUGCAAGAACCAUCACACAGAUGUGGUACAGCUGCUGCUGUCUCACUGUGCUGAUGCUAACACACCAGGAAAGGACCGCCUUUUACCUCUGCACAUGGCAGCCAAACACGGAGACUACAGGAUGAUCUCCAGCCUGAUUCUUCUGACCAGUGAGAGUGAAGUCCAGCGCAGUGGCAUCAGCCCCAUCCAUCUCUCAGCCGAGAGCAGUGAGGACGAAGCUCUGGAGCUCCUGAUCCACGCCAGCUUCAACGUCAACUUCCUGCUGGCUCCGGAACGUUCCUGCAUGUAUGAGGACCGCCGCCGGUCUGCUCUGUACUUUGCUGUAGAUAACAGGAACCUCAAGGCUGCCAGCAUGCUCCUGGAUGCUGGUGCCAAUCCUAACCUGGACCCGUUCAACGUCCUGCUGCUGGCCGUGAGGCAGGGAGACGUGUGCAUGGCCACCUUACUCCUGGAGCAUGGAGCUGAUGUCAACGCCUCCUUGCCUACUCAUCCCAGCACCUUCCCUGCCUGCGUGAUGCUCAGCGUGAGGAACAUCACCAUGAUGAAGUGCCUGAUGGACCACGGCUGUGAUGCAGAAGCAUGUUUCCAGUGUGAACAUGGAGCUGAGGAGCAUGGAGCUGAGGAACAUGGAGCUGAGGAGCAUGGAGCAGAGGAACAUGGAGCUGAGGAGCAUGGAGCUGAGGAACGUCCAAGCUUACAGUUCUGUGAGAUGAUCUCGGCCAGGUCAGUGCGCCACUGCACUGGACCCGUCAUUAACCUGCUGCUGGAUUACGUCUCUCCAGUAAAGCUCUGCUCCAGACUCCAGGAUCUCCUGGACAGUGAAGACUCCUGGACACACAUCAGAGAUAAAUCAGUGCUUCCUCCGAGUCUGCUGCAGCUCUGCAGGCUGAGAAUCCGACAGCUGGCUGGAGGAACCAGACUGAAGAACAUCAGGAAUCUUCCAGAGAGAUUAAUCCGCUUUCUCCAACACAACCAGCAAGCUGAAGAUAUCGUCUCAUCUCCUGAGUGCAUGCAUCCAGACUCACUGUGACCUCACUCACACAACAAACAAACAAACAACAAACAAACAAAACAAACAAACAAACAUUAAUACAAAAACAGUUUGUUUCUGCUGUUUGAAAUACUGUCACUAUUAUAGACUAUUAUAGAGCCAGGCUUAUUUUGUGUGUGUGUGUGUGUGUGUGUAUGCGUGUGUGUAUGCGUGUGUGUGUGUGUAUGCGUGUGUGUGUGUGUGUGUAUGCGUGUGUGUAUGCGUGUGUGUGUGUGUGUGAUAUCAUUUGAACCAGAUGAUGGAGCUCAAGUUAUAAUGUAGGAGUCUGUCUGAUAAAGAAACACACUCGUUACACAACACACAUAUCAUGUAAUAUUUAAUGUGUGUGUGUGUGUGAGAGAGAGAGAGUGUGUGUGUGUGUGUGUGUUUUCAGGUAAUUUCUACAGGUUUACAUUUGAUUAAAUCUAACUCUGUUAUUAAAGCAGUUGUUGGCUCAUGUUUUUUUACCCUUUAAAUAUAAAAUAUUCAGUACAGUAUUGUAAUUAAACCCAGAAUGUUUUAUUUUAGAUUCUAAGAGAUUCAAAGAGCAGGGCUGUGUCUCAAUCCACUCUCUAGUGCACUACUCAGGGCUCAGAUCAGGGCGUC